AUGCAUUCUUUUACCUUUUCGUUCUUUCUUUUUCGUGCAACACCGACACACAGCCAAAAACAGGUGACGAACACACCAACAAAAAAAAACAAGUCAGAUUUUAUUGCUGUUGACGAAGACAUGUCUGGUAAUCCUCAGUGGUUCUGGAAUGCCGCAUCGAAUCCAUUUUCGAAAUCCGAACCACCGAAUUGGACACCUUAUUCAGAUGCAGACAAUGCCAAGAUUGAGAACGCUUUUCAGAAAGGUGAUACAAAACUUCAACUGGGAAAUUAUGCCAUUCAUAUUAACGAACGAAUGCAAGUAAACCAGAAUGAUUUUAGCCGACAGCGACCAAUCAAACGUGUAGAAUGA